GUUUUUUAGUUCCUUCUUUGUUUCUAUAUUUUCAUAGAUAUCGUUACCCUUAAAAACAUGGGUUUUAGUACGCGAUUCAUCCGAGGGAUGGAAUCAUUAACAAGUUUUUGGUUUAGGGAUUUACAAUCCAAAGUUCCAAGUCAAGGGAAUCUGGUGAUUUGGUUCCGUUAAAACCCCAAAUUUCACAACUUUCAUCCGAUUUCUAUGUCCUUCGGCCUCUAAUAUUCAUCGAGUAGUUUGAACUUCCAAGUUGGGUUACUUUGGCAAACCGCGUUUCCUGCAAAAUUGAGUCCAAGACUUCUGAAAAUCGAGUUCAAAGACAGACGCUAAACCUAGGGUAACUUUGGCAAAUCAGGUCAAUACUUUGAAAUCGAGUUUUAGCUGCAGCCUUCAUUUCUAGGAUUUUCUCCCGUAUAGAUAGACAGAUAGGCAGUUGCCAUAAAAACUCGGAUAAAGCAGAGGUGUUUAAUGAAUGGGUGGCUACAGGCUACUACGGUUUUCAGUUUUUGUGGGUAAAAAUUUGUUGGUAAACGGUCAUGCUUGGUUCUUGGUUCAAGAAAUGGCGGACACCUUUUUAUUAUUCCCUUGAAGCAUCAGCUGUUUAGUCGUAUCCGUUCUAUACGUAUAUAAGAUCAGUCAUCAGUUAGAAAUAGAAUUACCAAACUGAAGAUGGAAAAUGGAGGAGGCAAUUUGACACAACAGUUGUCUGCCUUGACUAUUGGCUCUAGUGUUAAUGGCUACACCAACACUAAUGGCAUGAACAAGAGUGAUGGAUUGUUUCAGGUUAUGAAAGCCGUUGAAGCUGCUGAGGCCACCAUCAAACAACAGGUGGAAGAGAAUCAUAGAUUGAGGUCUGAGCUACAAAAGAAGAUUCAGGAACUUGAAAACUAUAAAUCGAGUGAUACAAAGGCUGAGGAUGAUUGGAGUGAUCAUAGGUAUCCACCUCCGACAAAAAAUAGAGCCAUGAGUCCAACAGAUGGAUCCACACUAGUCCUCAAAAAAGAUUACAUGGGGAAUGCUGUAGAUCCAAUGAUUCAAGUUUCAGGGGAGAGUCAGUUGGAGACUCAAAACAUAAAUGGGGGCUUUUCUCCUUUGAGGUAUCAUCUGGAAGGAGAAUAUGAUCCGCAGUUCAAUGUGUCUGGACUGGUGCCAAUUUCUGAGUUAAAGAAUGCAGGCAGCUCCAUAAACCAGGCUGUUGUUGACAGUCGAGAUCAGGAGCAAGAGAUUUUACUGUUGAGAAAGCAUCUUGUUGACUAUUCAAUUAAGGAAGCCCAAAUACACAAUGAGAAGUUUGCUCUUGAGAAACGAAUUGCUUAUAUGCGUCUGGCUUUCGAUCAGCAGCAGCAGGAUCUGGUUGAUGCAGCAUCUAAAGCUCUCUCUUACAGACAAGACAUUAUUGAAGAAAAUAUACGCCUAACGUAUGCAUUGCAGGAUGCACAAGAAGAAAGAACAACAUUUAUAUCAUCUUUGAUGCCUCUUCUUGCGGAGUAUUCUCUUCAGCCACCAGUUGCUGAUGCCCAGUCCAUCGUUAGUAAUGUUAAGGUUCUAUUUAGGCAUUUGCAGGAGAAGCUCAUAGGAAUUGAGACAAAGCUAAAAGAGUCUCAAUAUCAGCUAGCAGCCUGGCGUUCUGAUUCAAGUUUUGCACAAUCACCAUUGUAUUCCUUUGGGGGGAACAAAAAUGGGCUUGAAUUGGUUACACAACAAGCUUACUCUGAUGGACAAAUACCAAUUUCAUCAGACCAUCCAACUCCAAGAGGGUGGGAUGGAGUUGGAGUUGGAGUUGCAGUUGGUGUUCCAGAAACUUCAGAGCCUGAUUCAGGGAGGUAUUCACCUCUUCUAAACAGAAACAAUAAUAAUAAUAAUGGUGUAGGGAGAUUAGGUGGUGAUUCGUAUCCUACAACGACAAGUAGUAAAAAUGAGGAAACCAGCAACAAACAAGUUACAUUUAGCGACCCUGUUAGCAGUAAUAAUGAUGUUGAUGAUUUAGAGGGAGGAGGAGAAGCAUUUGUCAAUUGGAAUUCCAAGACCCCCCUUGAAGAUCCCCAGCCCCACUCAUAUUCUCCAUAUUUAACUCCAGUGCCUGAAAAACCUGAUUCUUCAUACUCUGAAGCUGCAGAUGAUGAUCCAUUACCUGCAGUGGAGUCCCUCCAAAUUUCAGGCGAAGCUUUUCCAGGUCGAGAACUUCAAGCUAGUGGAUACUCCGUCAAUGGAACUACAAGUUGUAAUUUUGAGUGGGUGCGGCAUAUGGAAGAUGGAUCUGUUAGUUAUAUAGAAGUAGGUGCAAAGCAGCCAAAUUAUCUUGUUACCGCUGAUGAUGUUGAUACAUACCUUGCCAUUGAAGUCCAGCCCAUGGAUAACAGAAAACGAAAGGGUGAACUUGUAAAGGUUUUCGCUAAUGAGCACAGAAAAAUCGUCUGUGAUCCUGAUAUGCAUGACAAUAUCAGAAAAGCUCUUCAGACUGGUCAUGCUGAACACAGAUUGUCUUUAUGGACAGGAUUCCUUGAGAUAUGGGAGCCAGUUACAUUAGUCAUCAGAAAAGAUGGAAUUAACAUAAAAGGUGGUACUACUCCCGUCAAUGACAAGUUUUCUCCCAACACAAGGGUUUAUAUUCCGUGUGGAAAUCCUGUAGAGUUUUCCAUUAUUGGUUUGGGAGGUAUUGAUCACCGGCUUCGGGUGGAGCAAGAAUCAGAUACUAUAAGUUCAAGGGAUGUCAUUGUGCUCACCCUGAGAUACUUUAUCAAUAGGGCUGCCGAGAAAAAAAAGGUGAAAAAGAAGGGCUUAUUUUUUUGACAAGACAAGAAGAGGAGAAAGGAGUCUUUUGUUACAUACAAAAACAAAAACGACUACCCUUUGUUGUAGUUGUAGGAUCCUUUUUGGUUUUGGUUUUGGUUUUGCAUUCUUACUUAGAUCUCAUGUUCAUGUGUGCUGCUUUUUUCAACAAUGUGUCUGUCUAUUCGGGUGAUGUAAUUUGUAUUUAUUUGUCAGUUCACGUGCCACAACCAAGUAACACAUAUUCAAAGCCAGGGAUGCAAUAAUGAGGAGGGUUAUAUUUUAUAUA